AUGUUUGCCGGCGUUUUCAUAUCCAUAUCCAUAACCAUAUCCAGCCAUACCAUCCGUAACACUUAAACCUAUCCCCCCCUUCCACGAUCAGGCACAAUUCGCUUUCCAUUAUCACAUUUGCAGCCAUUCCCGUAUCCCCAUCGUAUGUUCAUUCCACUACAUUCCAAUUUCCAUACUCUUUCACACUCCUUGUAACCAGACCACAUCCCAUGUGAGAUGAGUGCGUGCGAAGCUCCGGGAACGGAACCGUUAGUUUCGCGAACGUCUGCCGCCCCCGCUUUCCAAUUCGAUGUCAUGCCAAAGAUAACGACAGCGACGCCCGCGGCGACAGCGACAGCGACAGAGACCGAGACAGAAACGCCGCUGGCGCUGGUGCGGGCAGCGACAACGGUUAAAAUUGAAAAUAAAUGGCCGGCGGCAGAGGCAGCGGCUUUCAGUUAUCAGAGAGCAGCGAAGCAGAUUGGAGCUAUAGCACCCACAAGGCCGUCCCUGGAAACUGGAAUAGACGAGACGAUAGCGUUACCGUUACCAUCUACCUCCAUAUUAAUUCGCCAACCCAUAUCGAUAUCGGAGCCGAUAGCGCCACCAACAACAACUGGUGAUAAUCCAUGUGAAAAGCUCUCCAGCAAUUUGGCCCUUCGCAAGGCACAACUGAAGGCGGCCUUUUUUGGCACCAAGCAGCCAGAAAGAGCGGAUAUCCAGCAGGAACCCAUUAAGAGUUACCGACAUAUCAGUGCCAGAACGGAGGCCAGGAAGCCGGUGCAACAGUUGAUUGAUCACUACCAAGCCAUGAUUGUCCAACAGCAGCAGCAGCAGCAACAGGAGCAGCGGCAGCAGCAGCAGCAGCAGCAACAGAUGCUAAGCGAACCGAAAUCUGCUCAGGGAGGCAUUGCCUCCAACUCGGAUGAGGGCUACAAUGUAACCGGAAGCGGCCUGAGCCCCUAUAGCAGCGAUGGCGAGGAUGUGACCACCAGUUCCUCCGGCAAGCUAUCGCCUCGCCAGCGAAAGCUCAAGGUUACACGCUGUGCCAGCAGUGAUUCUGCCCUCGGCCUGGAGGUGGACGACGCCAGCAUGGAUGUGUGUCCGCCCAGUAUGCCGCCACAGCGAAGGAUGACGCUGACCGUGACAGAUUUACCGCUACGACCGGCCCUCCUGCCACUGGCUGAGCCCACCGCACUGCCAGAUUCGCCGCUCACUUCGCCCACCGGCAGUACGGCCGCAGUUGGUGCCGCCAUUGGUGGCAUCAGUGUGCCCACCAAGGUGCUGCUGGAGGAACGAGUGGUUGCCGCACCGGGUUCACGACGCGAAUCCACCCAGAGCUCCUACAGCGAACUGGGCAGCAGUGGCUUCCCCCUGGGCGUGCGCUAUGUCCGCACACCGUCGGUGGUGGUCAGCGAUUACUCGGAUGAUAUCACUGCCUGCGGCAUCAGCAUGGAGGAGAUGGAGUACUUUCGCCUGCAGCGGGCGCGUUGUCAGCGUCGCUGCUCCCUGGAAGCGGGACACGGCCAUGGCCAUGGAUCGGGCGGUACGGGAUCGGGAGCGGGCGGAAUGUCGCCCGGAUGCGCCAAGGACGAAGGCCAGUCGGAUGUCAGUGCCGCGAGCAGUUGCAGCAACUUGUACUACUGCGGCUCCACCAUAUCCGCCCUGGAUGGGGGCGAGUGCAUUGUGAAUGGUGUACGCGUGGCUUUGGCCAGGAAGAGCAGCACCCAGAGCAGCAGCCUCAGUGGCGAGGAGGAGGAUGAUGAUGACGAGGAGGAGGAGGAGGAGGAGCUGCAGCUGCAGCUGGAGCAGGAGCAGGAGCAGGAGGAGUACGAGCGGGGGGAUCGCAAUCGGGAGCGGGAGCGGGAACGUGAACGUGAACGUGAACGGGAGCGAGAGCGUCAGCUCAGUGAACUUUUGGCGGCCACGCAGCUGGGCGACCGCCAGUUGAGGGAACGCUCCAAGAAGAGCUCUGGCUGGCGUAAAAUCCGGAACAUUGUCCAGUGGACGCCCUUCUUCCAAACGUACAAGAAGCAGCGAUAUCCAUGGGUUCAGCUGGCCGGACAUCAGGGCAACUUUAAGGCGGGUCCCGAGCCGGGCACCGUGCUCAAGAAGCUAUGUCCCAAGGAGGAGGAGUGCUUCCAGAUCCUCAUGCAGGAUCUACUCAGACCCUAUGUGCCUGUCUACAAGGGUCAAGUGACCAGCGAAGAUGGUGAACGUGAGUAUACUAGAGAUCCUGCCUUGGUUUUAAUCCUUCUUAAUCCUGGGAUCUCUCUGGCAGUUUAUCUCCAGCUGCAGGAUCUGCUGAGCGACUAUGUCCAGCCGUGUGUGAUGGAUUGCAAGGUGGGCGUUCGCACCUAUCUGGAGGAGGAGCUGUCCAAGGCCAAGGAGAAGCCCAAGCUUCGUAAGGAUAUGUACGACAAGAUGAUCCAAAUCGAUGCCAAUGCCCCCACAGCUGAGGAGCAUGCGGCCAAGGCGGUGACCAAGCCACGUUACAUGGUCUGGCGGGAGACCAUCUCCAGUACAGCAACGCUGGGCUUCCGCAUCGAGGGCAUCAAGAAAAGCGAUGGCACCAGUUCCAAAGAUUUUAAAACGACCAAGUCACGCGAACAAAUCAAGUUGGCCUUUGUCGAGUUCCUCAGCGGUCAUCCCCACAUUCUGCCCCGAUACAUUCAGCGUCUACGCGCCAUACGCGCCACCUUGGCGGUCUCGGAAUUCUUCCAGAGCCACGAAGUCAUUGGAAGCUCCCUGCUCUUUGUCCACGACCAGAACCAUGCCAGUAUAUGGCUGAUUGACUUUGCCAAGACGGUGGAGUUGCCGCCGCAGCUGCGCAUUGAUCACUAUUCCGCCUGGAAGGUGGGCAACCACGAGGACGGCUAUCUCAUCGGGAUUAACAAUCUCAUCGACAUCUUUGUGGAGCUGCAGGCCGCCAUGGAGGCAGAGGCGGAGGCCGAGGCGGAGGCCGAGGCGGAGGCCGAGGCGGAGGCGGCCGUUUCCGGUCUAGAUCAGGAAAGGGACCAAGACGAUAACGAUGACGACGGGGCCGAGGGCAAGCCCUGAUCGGUUUUUUAUAUGGGGUUUGGGGCUGGGCCCCAAUUCAAGGACAUUUCCAUAUCCCGCAUCGCGCAAUUAAUCCCCCAAAAAAAUCCUAGGCUAAGUUCCCUAGUUCUUCUAGCCCCUUUUUUUUUGUUUUUUUUUCAUAACUACUAUUUGUCAGCAUACAUUUAACCCAUUAAGUUUAAAAUCAAAGACUGAAACCACAAUUUACGCAUAUAUAUGGGAAUUAUAGUGCGUAUAUCCCAUAUAUCCUAGCUUAGACGUGCUGCUGCUGCUUCUGCUGGAAGCGCUCUGUGUCGCCGUUCUGUAGUGUUAAUUUAUUUAUCCAGAUAAAGUCGAAUGAAUUCCCGAGAGAACUGACAAAAUAGUUGGAGCAGAAGCCGCAGACAGUGGGAACUGUUGGAUCGAAGAGUAAUUGAGGAAGCCCCAACACGCAACAUGCAACAAGAACUUAGCUUAAGUUAAUAAUAUUAUAUUAAUGCGACUACCUACUAAAUACUACUAAUUUGUGCACUAUUAAAUUCAGUUAAACCAGAA